GGAACGACCACCGUUCGCUGUUCUAGUGUCCACGAUGAGCAGUGAAAACGAACCUCUAAUUCCAAGCGCCGAACAUGAGACGGUGCACCAGAAAUCUCGUACACUUCGCAACCGCGCACUCGUCUGGUCUGCGCUGGUUGUUAUAAUCAUCGUUGUUGCAGUCGUCGCACUGGUUAACCCAAGCUUUGUAAGCGAUAUUGGUCUGCCGGAAAAGCUGCCCCGGGAUCCUAAGCUUGCAGCACAGCAUCUUCCUAUAGUUGCUCGCUUCGGCUGGCGCAACAAUGUUACCGAUAUUCAUCUUGACAGUCAAAUGCCUAUGCAUGUGGAUAUUCCACGUCUGAGGGAAGGGAAAGUCGGAGGAUUCUUUUGGUCUGUAUAUAUGAGGGCCCCCGAUUUCUUGAAGGCUUCCUGGCGCGUCCGAGACACCCUCGAGCAAAUUGACGUCGCAAAGGGUCUGAUAUCGAAGAUUUUUGCAUACGCUGUCAGUGCAAGUGGUAUCAAAUCAGCGAUAAGAGACCACAAAAUCGCGAGCAUUCUAGGUGUUGAGGGGUCAUCUCAGUGCCCCAUCAACCUCGGGAAUUCCAUUGCCGUCCUCCGCCAGUACUACGAACUUGGGGUUCGCUACGUAACUCUGACCCACAGCUGUCACAACGCUUUCGCCGACUCCUGCGGUAUGUUGAUACCGAGUGUCCCCAGGCACUACGGCCUCAGCCCUCUUGGCUUCAAACUCGUGGAGGAGAUGAACAGACUUGGAAUGCUUCCCCUACUGCAUUCCAAGGCACCAGUCAUCUGGUCCCAUUCAUCUGCGAGGGCCAUUCACGAUGUUGCUCGCAAUGUGCCUGAUGAAGUGCUUAGUCUCGUCGGCUUUGGCGACGGGCAAAGGGAUGCCGUCAACUUCAAUGGCCCAUUUGUCGCUGCCGACGGCGAGGCAGAUCUUGAAACCGUCGCUGAUCACAUGGCAUAUUGCAAAAGUUGCUGGAGUGAAAACACGUCGGGAUCGGGGAGCGACUAUGAUGGGAUUCAAAUACUCCAAAAGACUCGAGGAUGCUUUCUAAAUAUCCUGCUCUUCAAGCAAGAACUAGCUGGGCUCACUGGGGGCAAUUUCCUUCGGGUGGCCAAAGAAUUGCAGGCUGCAGGAACCUUGGCUAAAUAUGACAUUUACGAUAAGAGAGAAGACCUGCCCAUUCGCAGGGAGCUUUGAUAUGUUCAGGGAGGUGCGGCGGUACGUCUAUUUGCAUGACUAUCUAGAUCCGUUUCAGUUGCGAAUGUAAUUUGCUAGUUUAUUUCUGUGUUAGGAUGAAAUAUCAUUUGAAGAA